AUGCCUUCAGGUCAAGCCACCCACGCCCCCAGGACAAGCCACCCACGCCCCCAGGUCAAGCCACCCACGCCCCCCAGGCCAAGCCAUCCACGCCCCCCAGGUCAAGCCAUCCACGCCCCCAGGCCAAGCCACCCACGACCCCAGGUCAAGCCACCCACGCCCCCAGGCCAAGCCACCCACGCCCCCAGGCCAAGCAACCCACGCCAAGCCACCCACGCCCCCAGGUCAAGCCACCCACGCCCCCAGGCCAAGCCACCCACGCCCCCAGGCCAAGCCACCCACGCCUCCAGGCCAAGCAACCCACGCCAAGCCACCCACGCCCCCAGGUCAAGCCACCCACGCCCCCCAGGUCAAGCCACCCACGCCCCAGGUCAAGCCACCCACGCCCCCCAGGUCAAGCCCCCAUCGCCCCCCAGGUCAAGCCACCCACGCCCCCCAGGUCAAGCCACCCACGCCCCCCCAGGUCAAGCCACCCACGCCUCCCAGGUCAAGCCACCCAUGCCCCUAGGCCAAGCAACCCACGCCAAGCCACCCACGCCCCCAGGUCAAGCCACCCACGCCCCCAGUCCAAGCCACCCACGCCCCCAGGUCAAGCCACCCACGUCCCCAGGCCAAGCCACACACGCCCCCCAAGUCAAGCCCCCAUCGCCCCCCAGGUCAAGCCACCCACGCCCUCAGGCCAAGCCACCCACGCCCCCCAGGUCAAGCCACCCACGCCCCCCAGGUCAAGCCCCCAUCGCUCCCCAGGUCAAGCCACCCACGCCCCCCAGGUCAAGCCACCCACGCCCCCCAGGUCAAGCCACCCACGCCCCCAGGUCAAGCCACCCACGCCCCCAGGCCAAGCAACCCACGCCAAGCCACCCACGCCCCCAGGUCAAGCCACCCACGCCCCCAGACCAAGCCACCCACGCCCCCAGGUCAAGCCACCCACGCCCCCAGACCAAGCCACCCACGCCCCCAGGUCAAGCCACCCACACCCCCAGGCCAAGCCACCCACGCCCCCAGGCCAAGCCACCCACGCCCCCAGGUCAAGCCACCCACGCCCCCAGACCAAGCCACCCACGCCCCCAGGCCAAGCCACCCACGCCCCCAGGCCAAGCAACCCACGCCAAGCCACCCACGCCCCCAGGCCAAGCCACCCACGCCCCCCAGGCCAAGCCACCCACGCCCCCAGGCCAAGCCACCCACGCCCCCAGGCCAAGCCACCCACGCCCCCAGGCCAAGCCACCCACGCCCCAGGCCAGCCCCCCAGGCCAAGCCACCCACGCCCCCAGGCCAAGCCACCCACGCCCCCAGGCCAAGCCACCCACGCCAAGCCACCCACGCCCCCCAGGCCAAGCCACCCACGCCCCCAGGCCAAGCCACCCACGCCCCCAGGCCAAGCCACCCACGCCCCCAGGCCAAGCCACCCACGCCCCCAGGCCAAGCCACCCACGCCCGCAGGCGAAUCCACCCACGCCCCCCAGGCCAAGCCACCCACGCCCCCAGGCCAAUCCACCCACGCCCCCAGGCCAUGCCACCCACGCCCCCAGGCCAAGCCACCCACGCCCCCCAGGCCAAGCCACCCACGCCCCCAGGCCAAGCCACCCACGCCCCCCAGGCCAAGCCACCCACGCCCCCAGGCCAAGCCACCCACGCCCCCCAGGCCAAGCCACCCACGCCCCCAGGCCAAGCCACCCACGCCCCCAGGCCAAGCCACCCACGCCCCCAGGCCAAGCCACCCACGCCCCCAGGCCAAGCCACCCACGCCCCCCAGGCCAAGCCACCCACGCCCCCAGGCCAAGCCACCCACGCCCCCAGGCCAAGCCACCCACGCCCCCAGGCCAAGCCACCCACGCCCCCCAGGCCAAGCCACCCACGCCCCCAGGCCAAGCCACCCACGCCCCCCAGGCCAAGCCACCCACGCCCCCAGGCCAAGCCACCCACGCCCCCCAGGCCAAGCCACCCACGCCCCCAGGCCAAGCCACCCACGCCCCCAGGCCAAGCCACCCACGCCCCCAGGCCAAGCCACCCACGCCCCCAGGCCAAGCCACCCACGUCUCACACUCCGCCAUACGAUAUUCAAUUUCACUCGUAUCUCCCGAGAAAAUAUUGGGAAAUUAG